AUGUUCGACUACAACCUGGUCACCCCGUCGGGUCCGGCCACCGUGCGCAUUGGUCUUCCUCAUGCGUCUAUGCUGAAAUUUCCUCCCAACGAGCUUCCCGCGACUCUCCCGGCACCACAACUCGCAGAACUCACCUGGUACCAGCCAUUCAACAUCCCUCCCGAGCUCUUCCACCAGCUCCUCGAUGUCCGCGUCCCCGUUACCAUUGCCUCCCUCUACGCCGUCACCGUCGUGCUGCUCAAUCGCGUGAACAAGAAUCGCGGAUACAAGCCAUACGCCUUCAGCCAGACCCGCUGGUUCAAGGUCUUCGUCAUCCUGCAUAAUGUCUUCCUCGCCAUCUACUCCGCCUGGACCUUCGCCGCUAUGUUCAGGGCCUUCCGUAACUCGUUGCCGGGCUUCAAUAACCCCCACGGGCUAGCUGGGUGGGCGGAUUCGCUGUGCAAGAUUGGUGGUCCUCGUGGAUAUGGCAAUGCAGCUUUGUACAACACUACCACGGAGCACUGGACCAUGCCCAACCCGCAGUUCUCGUUGAUUGAGGGUGGUAUUCCGGAUCCGCUUGAUGAUGGUCGUCUGUGGAACCAGGGUCUUGCCUUUUUGGGCUGGAUUUUCUACCUCUCCAAGUUUUACGAGGUUUUCGACACGGCGAUUAUCCUGGCCAAGGGUAAAAAGAGCUCAACUCUGCAAACUUACCACCAUACCGGUGCUAUGAUGUGCAUGUGGGCUGGUAUCCGCUACGUCGCGGCGCCGAUCUGGAUCUUUACUCUGGUCAACUCGUUCAUUCAUGCGAUGAUGUACACCUACUACACCUUUACCGCCCUCCGCAUCCGCGUCCCCGGUGUGAUCAAGCGAUCCUUGACUUCAAUGCAGAUCACCCAAUUCCUCUUCGGAACCACCAUGGCCGCCUCGUAUCUGUUCGUCGACUACACUCUUCCCUUCUGGGACGCGCCUGAGUCCGGUGCUGGUGCUGGUGCUGGCGCUGGUGCCUCCGGAUCGUGGUUGAAAAAGCUUGGCUUAGCCUCUGGUCAGCAGCAGCCCAUUGGUCUCCCCACCGUCGGUGCAAAGCUCCCAGGCGUAGACUACCGCAUGGUCCCCUGUCUGGACACCACCGGCCAGACCUUUGCCGUUUCGCUCAAUGUCUCGUACCUCCUGCCUCUGACCUACCUCUUCGUCCGCUUCUUCGUCCGUUCGUACCUGUACCGCAAGGAGCCCAGCGUCCCCCAGCCUACCCACAUGCACGCCGCCGAGAAGGCUGGUCUGGAUGCUCUGAAGGGCGUUAGCCGCGAGAUUCAAAAGGCCGUCGAGGUCAACGGUGAGACCAGCGAAGCCACCGAGGACGAAGCAGUCAAGGCUCAGGCUACCAAGCGCAAGGCAUCUCCCGCUGCCGCCGACCAGUCCAAGGAUUCACCCAUCAGGACGCGCUCCUCGGCUGCCAAGAAGGCUGCGAACGGUGGUCGUCAGGAGGGAUUCUCGCCUGUGAAAAAGGGUGUUAAGAAGUCUGAGGGCAGUGCCGGUAGUUCUCCUGCGGAGACUACAAACCCCUACGGAGUUUUGCAGAAGUCUUAG